AUGGAUGUAGAGCGUGAGGUGAACCAGGAGCACGAGAUAAAUAUAGAGCGUGAUGUACUUUAUGUCAAUCGUAUGCGGGCAGGAGCAACGCCGUUAGUUCUACGACUGCCUUUAAAUCGGGGGUAUCAGAGGGAAGACGAUCAUCAAAACCUUGGCUUUGAGACAUUAGCGCAAACUUCGUCGAAACAACAUUCAGCAGCUACAAGUUCGGUUAAAUUUGCUCAAGCUCCAAUGGAGUUGACGAGAGAGGCCAAGGCAGAGUGGUGGCGUCAACGUCAGAGGCUGGACGAACGUUUGUAUACCCUUUUAUGUUUGAUACAAGAUCAGUGGCUGGGUGGGCUGAAAGGGAUCAUUCAGUCUCAUAACACGCCAGUGAACGAGGAAAACCUGAUGAAUUUUAAACGAGCCCUUGAAUGGAUUAUGUCUCAAGCUGUGCACUCCAUGUCAACUGCCUCUACUGGUGCGGAAGCUGGCACACCGGACCAGGAUGAAAGUACAGCUGCUUCAAGUAAAGACUCUAUCUUACAACUGGAGAUCAAUCUCAAAGAUCUAAUAUACUUUUUAUUGGAUGCCUAUCUCUAUAACGGGGCUGUGCAAUUCGGCAAGAUUGCAUUACAGAUCAAGAAAGCUCUCUGCUGCUAUUGGGAAGCUGAGACAGAGGCCAAGAACAACGGGUUUGACGAUGGGGCACACGUCAUUCUGAUACUCGACAAGCACUUACAGAUCUUUCCUUGGGAAUCUUGCCCCGUCCUACGUGAAGAAGCUGUCUCAAGAGUACCUUCCAUUUGGUUCUUGAGAGAUAGGAUUCUGCAGCAAAAAUAUUGUAUAUUCAAGGUAGAUCCACAAAAGACGUUUUAUAUUCUGAAUCCCGGUGGAGACCUCAAGAAUACCGAAGACGAAUUCAAGGAGUAUGUGGAGAGCCAACAAGGAUGGGGUGGGGUAACAGGCCGAGCACCUUUGGACCUUGAGUGUAUCAAUGGACUCUCGAAACAUGAUUUAUAUAUUUACUUUGGACAUUCUGGUGGUGAACAGUACAUCCGAUCAACUCAGAUUCGACAGCUCGGUCAUUGCGCUGUUUCACUACUCUUAGGUUGUAGCUCAGGAUGCCUGAAAGGUGAUGGAGAGUUCGAUCCGACUGGCAAUGUGAUGAACUAUCUUCUGGCUGGAUGUCCUACAAUUGUGGCUAAUCUCUGGGAUGUCACCGACAAGGACCUUGAUCGUUUUAGCAUGGCCACUUUCCAAAUGUGGGAACUAAAAAGUUAUGAUGAUUGUGAGCCGCAACUGUCAUUAGUAGAGGCAGUCAAAGAGGCGCGCGAGAAGUGCAAGCUCAAAUACUUGGUCGGUGCUGCCUCAGUGGUGUAUGGAAUCCCCUGCUUCUUGAAAAGCUAUGGAGUAUAG